CUGCAAGUCAUCAAUCCACAGCAUAAUUUGCGCGUGUAUUCUGGGAAGUAUGAUAGGUUGAAGCUGUCCAGCUCUAGUGGAUACUAUUAGUAAGGCUCGAUGGUUUGACAUGAUCAUGACGGCAGGCCCCAACAUUAUCGAGGAGGGGUAGCGAGUGGCCACAUUUCUGGGAUCGACUUGGACAUCAAACAGCCAGACUGGACAAUUGCAACUUGACAUGGACAUGUGGACUGUGGCUUUUGGGAAGCCAUGAGCCAUAGUCCAUCCCGGGCCACCGUGCGGCGUGGACCUUGUCACGUGCCUCAACACGUUACCCGUCAGUAUGAACUUCAAACGUUUAACUCAGCAACGGACAAUCAUCCGUGACGCGGCACUGACGCCUACAGCGCUUCAGCUCACCGCAUUAGACAGUGAGCACACGACUUCGCUCUGCAGUGACACGUACAUGUCUGUCGAAAUCUCCAAGAGAACGCGAUCCCAACUAGCCGUACCUGAUCAUGUCCUGAGGCUACCCCUUGCGCGUUCUCCUCUCAAGCACGCCAGAGUCAGGUCGAGGAACCAGUUACAUUUAGAAUCAAAUGAAAACAAGGAGGGCAAGGAAGAUAUGGAUGUUAAAGAAGAGGAGGAAGACGAGAAUGAGAAUGACGAGAUACUCUUGUCGCCGAAGAAGAACAAACGGUCGUCCGAUACAUGUCCUGAAGAUCUGCCCAGUGCCGCCAGUUAUCGUGAAGCAAAGCGUAUCAAAAUUGAUCCAUUACCAGCGUUGAGCUUGGUGUCAAUGGGUUACUCUGCAGAAAACCGUGAAUUAACAUCACAAUCUCGCAGGAAAAUGACGGAAUCGUUUGUCCGCGCUGCCACUGAAUCGGCAUGCCAUGCUACGAACGGCAAGGUCAAAUCAUGCGCCGUUUUUUCUGGGCGUGCACGCUCUGUUCCGCUUCCUACAGAUCAUGUUCCAGAACUUGACCUUCGAACCCUUUCUCCGAUGCGCUCGCCUCGGAAGGUGCCCAAUCAACUGAAAAUCACGCCUGUCCCUCCAUCCACAGAGGCGGUCCAGACCUCUCCGCUCACACCACUCUCCGCCACCAAUGAGGGUGCUCUCAGCACAGAGCAUGCAAUGGAUGUUGACACUGCGUCCGCUAUGUCCCACUUCACAAACAUACCGAAAUUUGACCUCAAGCUUCCUGAUACAACCAACCUGAUUGUUCAUGUCGAGUCUGCAACACCACGAAACCUGACCGGAUAUCCUUCACAUAUGUCUCUUUCCCCUCUUACGCCUCCGCCGCCUACUUCAUUCAUAGGUCACUGUCCCGCUGUACCAAGUCUACUUGCUGUUGCUGUCGAGGUGCGCUUAUCAUUGGGCAUCAAAUGCUUUAUCAAAAUUAACACCCCCGUUUAAUAGAAGAAAUCCAAGCAAUCUCCAGAUAUUGUGGAUAACAUUUCGUCAUUGAAUGUUGCAGGAUCUUCAACCUCUUCGGCCGCUCCCUCUCGUCUUCCGCGUCCAUCCACGUCCGCUUCGUCUCUUAUUUUUCCCCCGCCCGUACCAGUGAAACGGGGGCGCUCAGCAACUGUUGGAAGUUCCCAUGCAGUGCGCUUAAAGCCUAUCGGAAAUUUAUCCAAAGGCAAGAAGGCCAUGCUGCCACCUUCUGGCCCUCGCCGCGUGACACGCAGCGUAUCAAUGAAAGAGAAGAGGCCUGUGAGCCCCGACGAAAGCGACGCGCCACCCGAAGCCAGCACUAUAAAUACCUCGUUGAAUACAGACGAUGAGCCUGCCAGUGUGGCGUCAUCAUCUCAAACCUCGACUUUCAAGGGUAAAC